CGGCGCAGGCGCAGGAGGCGCGGGCAAGAUGGCGCUGCUGCGGCAGGCGUACAGCGCGCUGUUCCGCCGCACGUCCACCUUCGCGCUCAGCAUCGUGCUGGGCGCCGUCGUCUUCGAGCGAGCCUUCGACCAGGGCGCCGACGCCAUCUUCGAGCACCUCAACGAGGGGAAACUGUGGAAACACAUCAAGCACAAGUAUGAAACCAGUGACAACUGAAAUGCUCAGCAGCAGGAUCCAGUCUGGGGUGGCGAAAUGCACUGCAGAGAAGGAUUUGGUCUCCUGACACCAGCUGGAUCAAAAUGGAAUUGGGUUCCCCAUCGCCUCCGAGCCAGAUUGUAUCAGCCACCUCCUGAUAUGAUGUAAAUUGAGUUGGACUCCAGGAGUUCUGCUGCUGCGUUGAAACUUUGCGUUAAAAUAAAAAGUUCUUGGCCCGUG